AUGGACUUGUGGGGGCCAGUGCGCACACCGUCACUGGGAGGAGCAGUGUAUGUCCUCAGCCUCAUUGACGACUUCACCAGACGAGUUUGGUCGUUCCCACUCCCCAACAAGGAAUCAGCCACAGUCGCAAAAGUUCUUCGCCAGUGGCAUAAGGACGUGGAGUUGGAGUGUGGGCGGAAGCUGAAGGCUGUUCGCUCAGACAGGGGUGGCGAGUUCUUGGGGGAAGCUGUGAAAGCAUGGAAGGCUGAGUUUGGCAUCAAAACUCAAUUGAGCGUUGCAGAUACACCGCAUCAGAAUGGGGUGGUGAAGAGGUGGCACAGGACAAUGGCAGAGGGGAUUCGCACAUUGUUGGUCGACAGUGGUCUCCCUGCUCGCUUGUGGGGUGAAGCAUUGAUGUGGGUCGUGUGGGUUACCCACAGUGCCUUGCCUGCCUUCAUCACACCAAUGGAGGCGUGGUCCGGCCAGAAGCCGCAUGUGGGCAUGGCUCGGAUUUGGGGUUGCAUGGGGAGUGUCAUGUUGCAUGGGCAUGAGAAGGGUGGCAAGCUUGAUGCACGCGCUGUCAUGUGUAUCUGUGUUGGGGUGGACAUGGAGAGCAAGGGUUGGCGCAUGCUGGACCCCUCUCUCAUGCGCAUUCGCAUUGCUCAGGAUGUUGAUUUCCUUGAGAAUGUGAUGUGGAAGGAUUGGGACAAGGCAAAGGGAUUUGGGGAGCUUCUGCAGGAUGCAGCUGAGAUUUCCCAGCUCCUCCCUCUUCCACUCUCGCCACCCUCAGCAACGAUUGACGACGCUGAGAUGCCACCUUCAUCACCGCCACCGGCACCGCUGAGUGUGUCGGUGCAGCAGCAGCCCACCCCUCUGCAGCAGCUCAGCGGCCCCUCGGUCAUUCAGCGGAGAUCCGCUACACAUGCUUCUUCCUCUUCCUCCUCCUCUGGUCAGCAGCCUGUCACUCUAUCUACGAGUGAACCUAUGUCACCAGUGUCUACCUCCCCACCACCGGUUACCGGUUUGCAGGUGCUUGGUGUCCUGUCUGGUACAGGUGGUGAGGAGGUAGGGGGGGAUGCUGGUGUGGUUGAGGGCAUGAUAGCCGGUCGACUUACCUCCAGGUAA